AUGGACAGAAACGGCGACGCAAUCUUCACUGAGGCAUAUCCUGACGGCUACGCAGCAAGUCAAAUCGACGAUGGUCGCGAAUUCGCGAUCGAGGGAAUUUGCUGGAGUGCAUCGCGCAAGUUUCUCUGCGUCUCCAACAUUGCGGGAAAUCCGCAGAGCUGUGAGGUCAAAGAUAACAAUGGAAAUAGCUUGGGUAAGGCAGAGGAGAACACGAAGUGGGAUUUUAUUGGGAUUGCGAUUGGUUCGACGGGUGGAUGUGUUGUUGAGAUUGACACGGAGGAUUCCCGUCCUCCGAUGGGUGAGGAUGGCACUGAUCUUCAUGUUAUCUGA